UCGGCUGCCACCGCCUCCCUCCAGGCGCCCGCCCCAGCUGCUGCCCGCCGGCUCGCUCGUGCAGCCGCGAUGCCCCGGAGCCCGACCCUGGUCCGGGUCCCCGGCCCACCGCGUUGUUAGCCUCCGUGCACCCCGCGCGCGCCGCCGCCAACGCCGCGCCCCAACGCAGCGAUGGGCAACACCGUGCACAGGACCCUGCCAGACCCGAGCCCGCCGGCUCGCCUCCUGGCCACCCGGCCGUGCUGCGGCCCCGGCCCCGAGCGGCGCCCGGUGCUGGGCGAAGCGCCGCGCUUCCACGCACAGGCCAAAGGCAAGAACGUGCGGCUGGACGGCCACUCGCGCCGGGCCACUCGACGCAACAGCUUCUGCAAUGGCGUCACGUUCACGCAGCGGCCCAUCCGGCUGUACGAGCAGGUGCGGCUGCGCCUGGUGGCCGUGCGCCCCGGCUGGAGCGGCGCGCUGCGCUUCGGCUUCACGGCGCAUGACCCAUCGCUCAUGAGCGCCCAGGACAUCCCCAAGUACGCCUGCCCCGACCUUGUCACGCGGCCUGGCUACUGGGCCAAGGCGCUGCCCGAGAACCUGGCGCUGCGCGACACCGUGCUAGCCUACUGGGCGGACCGCCACGGCCGCGUGUUCUACAGCGUCAAUGACGGCGAGCCCGUGCUCUUCCACUGCGGCGUGGCCGUGGGCGGCCCACUCUGGGCGCUCAUCGACGUCUACGGCAUCACCGAUGAGGUGCAGCUCCUCGAGAGCGCCUUCGCCGACACGCUGACACCAGCACGCCUCAGCCAGGCCCGCUUCAGCGCCUGCCUGCCGCCCAGCAGCCACGACGCCGCCAACUUCGACAACAACGAGCUCGAGAACAACCAGGUGGUGGCCAAGCUGGGCCACCUGGCACUGGGCCGCGCCCUGGGCCCGCUGCCCGCCGACGCCUCGGCCGCCGCCAUCCCGUGCGGACCCCGCGAGCGCCCUCGGCCCGCAUCGUCGCCGGCGCUGCUCGAGGCCGACCUGCGCUUCCACGCCACGCGCGGACCCGACGUGAGUCUGUCCACCGACCGCAAAGUGGCCUGCGCACCGCGGCCUGAGGGCGGCCGCACGCUCGUCUUCUCUGAACGCCCGCUGCGACCCGGCGAGAGCCUCUUCGUGGAGGUGGGCCGCCCGGGGCUAGCGGCGCCCGGCGCGCUGGCCUUCGGCAUCACGUCGUGUGACCCCGGUGGGCUCCGGCCUGCGGAGCUGCCAGCCGACCCCGACGCGCUGCUCGACCGCAAGGAGUACUGGGUAGUGGCGCGUGCUGGGCCGGUGCCAAGCGGCGGCGACGCGCUCAGCUUCACGCUGCGGCCGGGCGGCGACGUGCUCCUGGGCGUCAAUGGGCGCCCGCGCGGCCGCCUGCUGUGCGUCGACACCACGCAGGCGCUCUGGGCCUUCUUCGCCGUUCGUGGCGGUGCCGCGGGUCAGCUGCGCCUCCUCGGCACCCUGCAGUCCAGCCCUGCGACCACAUCCCCAUCAGGGUCCCUCAGCGGCUCCCAGGAUGAUAGCGACUCUGAUAUGGCCUUCAGUGUCAACCAGUCCUCCUCAGCAUCUGAGUCAUCCUUGGUGACCGCACCCAGCUCCCCACUGAGCCCCCCAGUGUCCCCCGUGUUCUCCCCACCAGAGCCGGCAGGCAGCAAGAAUGGCGAGUGCACAGUGUGUUUUGACGGCGAAGUGGACACAGUCAUCUACACGUGUGGACAUAUGUGUCUGUGCCACAGCUGUGGCCUGCGGCUCAAGAGGCAGGCCCGCGCCUGCUGCCCCAUCUGCCGGCGGCCCAUCAAGGAUGUCAUUAAGAUCUAUAGGCCAUAGCCUGGCCUGCCAACGGGCCUUGGCCAGAGCAAGGUCACCUUUCUGAAGGCCCUCUAGGCCAGGCAACUGCUGUGGUCACCAGGGGGUCCAAGGGCAGUGGCCAUCCGGUCUGCCACUCUCCAGUGGUGGACAAGGCAUGACAGUCAUGGAGAUGAGUCCCUGGGGGUCUGAGCCCAGGCAAGGGCUGCUUCUGACUCAAAAGUGCUUUGUCCCCAAAAGGCCGUCCCAACAGCGAGCUCAGGAACUGCCUGGCAGACCACUCUGUCCCUUGGUGACCUCUCAGCUGGGAAACAGCAUUCUCUGUGCAAUGCUCUUUGCAUUGGGUUGGGUUGAGUGUGUGUGAGAGAGGGUGAGGGGAGGGAGCUGCCAGAGAAGAGAGAGGGAAUGUGUGUGAGAGAAUGAGUGAGCGAGAAAGCAUAGAUAUUUAUCCAGGGAUCCUGGCUCUAGGAGGUUAUUUAACACUAAGGAAUGUGCAAUCCAGAGCCCAGACGGUAGCGUGACUCGAAAUUAUUCACUUUCUGGGGCUGGAACGUCAGCUGGUUUUGAAUGUAUGAAGCCUGCACCUUGGAACUCCCUUGGAUGGUAUAGAAAAGGGGCACUCAGAUUUUCUAAGGGGAGGAAAAAAUAGCUCAUUGUUUACAGCUCCCAAGCAGCAACGCCUUGGGGGGAAGGUGGGUGGAGAACUGAAAAGAACAAUUUGCUUUUUUAGUUUCUUUCUCAGUCCUGGAGAGGAGAUUGGAUGGGUGCUGCGGCCCACUGAGAGCUCUGGGUGCUGUCAUCCCCUGAAGCCUUUCACCCCUUCACCCCAGAUAGCCUAAUAAUAAGCAUAGCGCACCUUGACUCAGUCCCUCUGGAUGUUUUUUGUCUGUCCCACCCCUUGCUGUCCCCAAGAAGACAAGCAGCAGGUUCUCUUUUCCUGGGGGAGGAAAAGAAUCCAGGAGGCAGCUGACUCACCUGCAGUUGGAAAGGCCACCCCAUCCCGCAGACGGCUCUCCACAUUUCGUUUUGUCACCCCGGGCCUGGCAUUCACCAGCAGCAGUGGGCACCACCAGGGCAGCCUGCUGGGGAAGUGGGAGGAGGAAAAGACUUUGCAACUGGUUCUGAUUCUCAGCUUCCCUUUCGCUGCUGAUUACUAAAAUGUUAAAUAACCAUUAAAAUGUUAAUAGCUGAGAUACUAAAAUGCUGACCGUAGGACUUUCCCCCUUCAGAGAGAGUCCAGGGCCAUUUGCAGGCAUUUCCUGGGACCUGGCCCUGUCCCUGACUUCUUCACCCCUGUCGGCCCACGUCUGCAGACUCCCAGACCAACCCCGGGGCUGAUAGGCUGGCGCAGGCCCGCUCCUUCCUUUUGCCUCCAGUUCUGUCUGGGCCUAACCUCUGCCCUACUUUGUGCUGUAUCUUUAAGGAAGCCCCUGGGCCUCUCUGAUUCUCAGUUCCCAAUAUAUCUAAGAUGAGGCCCAGUACCUGCCCACUCCAGAACCCACGAGAGGACCAGCAUAACAUCUAAAAAGCCCGACGCCCUGCGAAGAAUAGGUAACAUUUUUACUACAAUUCCUAAACUGCUCCUCUGCCGCACAGAUGAUGGCAGGGAAAGGAGAACAUUCAGAGAGUUUCUGCAUUCAUAGAGCACAUGUUUGCCAGGUGUCUGGGGGCCCAGAGCGCAGCCCAGUUGGGCCCUCAUCAAAUCAAAGCCCUUAAGACCAGUUGGUCUUUGCGAUGCUCUUGGACCACCUGCUUCUUCUCUGUCUGAUGUGGUCAUAGUGUUCUGACCUGGUCACAACUUCAGAACCCCCACCCUUGCUCCUGCAAGGACCCCUGAUUGGCUUUUUUUUCCCCUAGUGAAUCCGGGAAACGUGCCCACCUUCAAAUUUUGUGACGGAAGUUUUUGGGGAAGGACUAGAGCCCCAGGAAAAGAGCUGGAGAAGCUCGGUAGCACCCAGGGCCCAGCUGCAUUUGGCCAGCAGGAGCCUUCCACGUCCCCCAUGCGGGGUGUCAGCACACCGCGUGUGAGAGGACGCUUGACCUCCUCCCCACUAGAGCUGGUUCUCCAGGCAGCAGUGCCGCUGACAGGAUUGAGCCAGUCCCAAGCUCUGGUGGUCUCAGAAGCCCGCGGGAGGCAGCUGGUCUCCCCUAUUCCUUGCCCUUCCUAACUGCCCCCACCCCUGGGUUCUAGCCAGGGUCAUGUACAGCCAUCACUGGGAAACCAGUGACUGAGGGCCUGGACCCGACGUGGCUCCAGGCCGUGCUCCUGGUGACCAGUUACCCAGAUCAAAAGGAGCUGGUGGCCUGUUUAACUUGUUCCGCAGCUGCUAUAAAUAGCCUCCCUGUUUCCAAGAGGAAUUAAGGGGGUGUUUAUCUUCUAAAAACCAGACAUUUCCUGAUGCUCUAAACUGAUUUAUUCAGUGCUAUAGAGGAGCGGCUCACAUGGCCCUCACAUGGCGGGAGAACGAGGAAAGGGAUCCCCUCUUUCUCACUUCACGCCAUUAUGUGCCUCGGCGCUGGGCUGGAGAGGCAUCCCUGCACAUGGAUCCUGCGAGGCAGGCCUUCUUACCCCACUGAGUCAGAUCUAAAACACCACUGAUGAUAAAAUACACCAUCUUAUGUUCCACUAAGGGGAAAAUACGCAGAUUUAACUAAGAUGCCUCAGCUAUAUGAUUCAUUCUAAUCAGAGACUUGAAAUGGGGGGGGGGGGGAUCCUGCUAUUUAGAAUCGAUAAAAUAUGGUAUUAUUCCCAUUUGGCAGGUCAGAGAACUGAGGUCCUGUGAGUGAAGUAAUAGGAUCACAUGUAAUAAGUGGCAGGGCUGGGAUUCAAACCCAGCAGUGUCUGGUGCUCAGUCCCACCCCCUGGCUGCCUGGCCCCAAGCCCCGGAAAGCUUGAGACUGCCUUGCAUUUUCUUUCUAGAACCUUCUCCGGGUGCUCGCUUCGGCAGCACAUAUACUAAAAAUAGAACCUUCUCCAGGCAGCCCCUGGAGGGACCCUGGGCACCUGCACCUGUAUGAAGUGUUCCUGCCCCAGACUGUGGUCCCUCUGCCACCCAUAUCCUAGAAGGACAAGUGUCCUUCCUUUCAGGCUCACCUUCCCGCUGCCUGCCUUCUGGCAGAGUUGAGCCAUGUGAGAUCCUGAGUCCAACCCAAAGGCUUCCUUUUGUGACACAGAGAAGCACACACGGGGCCACUUUGUGGAGGAGCCAAGGCGUUGUCCCACCACCUUCCUGGGCCUCAGGAAGGGAUUCCAGGGCUGAGAAGGGGGAGACCGAAAGAUACACCUUUGUUGUGGUCUUGUGCCUGUUUAUUUUGAACCCCCAGAGAAAUUGGGCUGUUUCCAAGUCAAAACAAGCUUCUUUCCCUAGUCCAAUCCCAGAACUGGGAGUCUCCUGGGGUUUACCCAGGGAAGCUGCUCCCCUAAGUGCUGCAACACUUUGCUCAGCACCCACUCAUCGCAUGGCCUGUGUUCUGGACACGGCACUGGAAACGGACUAAAGACAGAGCCCACAGGGAGCUGACAGUCUGGAGCUGGGCAGAUUUAUAACCUUUCAUGUGCCCCAUCAGGCACUGGGGCCUGUGCUAGCACAUAGUAGGUACUCUUUAAAGGUUUAUGGAAGAAAUCCAGAAAUUAAAUUACAAGGGCUCAGGGUUUUGGUAAAACACCACAUACACAUGCACACGGUCAUUCAACAAACAUCUGCUGUGUGCCUGCUAGGUGUGGGGUGCUGGGGAUGUGGAGCUGAGAGGACAGUGCCCUAGCUCUGCCUUCAGAAGUAGAGACAUUAGAGGACAAGGAGAUGCUAGGGACAGAAUCCUGUGGUCUUAUUCGGCCAUUCUGUUGCCUUUGGGGAUCUAUCCUGGUGAGUGCCCCAGAGCCUUCCCGAAAGCUUCAUGCUUUGAGAAGCCUCUUCAGCAUUAUAAAUGCCAGGCACUUUGUAACCUGUGUGCUGCUGCCAAAAUGGCCUUGGGCAGAGCCCUCAAAGGCUCCACCUUUUGAUGAUUACCCUCAAUUCCCCCCAGGGAGACCCCUGGGGUGAUGGCUACCUGCUACUUUCAGGCUUGGGAGUGGCUGCUGGAAACAAUCCCCUGGUCCCCAGAGAACCCCAUUAGUUCCAGUCGAGAACGGGCUUGAGCAAAGUCUUGGAGAAUGAGAGGCAGUAACCUCCCCCUGCCCAAUCCCAUCUCUGCCCCAGUUCCGGCAGAGGGAUGUCUGCUCAGGAACACGUGGCCUCCUGGCAUUUCUUGGUAUUUCAUUGUCUUUCCUAAGCCCCUAAUGAAACAACUUGUACAACAAUCUGUCUGUGCCUUAUGAAAGUGUCUGUGCACUUUUUAUCCUUUUUAAAAGCAACUUUAAAAAGUGGGCAGGGGACUAGCAUACCUAGUAGUAUUCUAGAAAUAUGUGCUAAUCACAGAAGCCCUUCUGUAUUAUGUUUUUUGCUGUAGGAGUGAUGAAGUGUACGUCUCUCACCCCAUCUCCCCACUACCUGUGUACAGACCUUUUAAAAAAUGUCUCUUAUUCUUAUUUUUCUGAUUCAAUACUGUGACUUCUCCAAUACAAUCUAAUCUUUGGGGAUCUGUAAUAAAGAUUUUAAAACUUGGGUGGACUGGGUUGGGAAGGGUUUGCACUGGUCCUGUGUGUUGUGCUUUUGUGUGUUGUGUGUUUUGGUUUUUGUCUAUUUUUAUCUGUUUUAUAUUAACAUAAUUUUUUCUGUUUAAAAAACAAAUACAACUUUGGCUUGUUAAAAAAGAAA